AUGUCUUUGAAGCAGUUUGAUAUACUGGCUUAUUCGCUCAACGAUUCGACUUCAUCAUGCUAUCGCAAAGGAGCUUUACCUGUGGCACUGGCAUUCAACGACACCUGCAAUCUCGGGUUUUACUGCCCAAACUCGAGCAACGAACUUCCACCUCAAUACUGCCACCCGACCGAGCAGUGUCAGAUCAUGCGAGCCGGGAGACAGACAUGCAACCCUCAAGGUCGAUUAGAGCCCAAGAUCUGUGCCAACGGACAUUACUGUCCCCCUGGUGGCAAGCAUGAGAUCCCAUGUGAGAAGGGCACCUUUUGCCCAUCAGGAUCGUACAAGCCUUUCAACUGCUCGACCGGUGCUUGGUGUCCGAAGGGAAGCGUUCGGCAGAUUGAGACGAUUCCUCUAUACCUGAUGAUCGUGAUCGAUGUGGUCCUUUUGGCCUUGGUAGCUGUUGGAUUUGGUAUCAGUAAAUGGAGGAAGAGUCGACCAAAGCAGUAUACGACCUUGCAGAGUAUGGAUGGAGCUGCAGAUGAUAAGAUGAUGCUGCUUCGCUCCUCCGCGAACUUUGCGCAAUCAUCGUCGCCACAAAUUGCAACCCGGACACACUCACCUAGCAUAUCAAUAUCUGGACCUGAGCAACCUACAGCUAUAGCUUACAAACCUGCGAGCACACAUACGAGGCGGGCUAGUGGCCGCGUCGAUCACUAUGACGGAUACGCUGAUGAUGAUAGCGUCUCCUUGUGCGACGACGACGACCUGGAGGACGAGCUGUCAAACAGUCCCGACAUGCAGCGAUUCAUUCGAUCGAUGAGCAGAACUGUAGAAACUUCCUCGAUCGGCCUCAGCUUUGACUUCGAAAAUCUCGCGUUCACAACGAGCAAGGGCAAGAAGAUCCUCCACGGCAUCACAGGAACAAUGCCUCGAGGCAGCUGCUGGGGAGUCAUGGGAGGCAGUGGUGCCGGGAAAUCUACCUUCGUCAAUGUACUCAUGGGAAAGGCGCACGCCACUGAUGGCUCGAUAAAGAUCAAUGGGCACCAUAAAGAUAUGAGCAAGUACAAGAAGCUGAUCGGAUACGUGCCGCAAGACGACAUCGUGUUUCCUGAACUGACAGUCCGGGAGAACAUCUUGCAUUCUGCGCGCUGCAGUCUGCCUUCCAGCUGGAGAGACAAGGCUGUUCAGGACCACGUGGACGCUCUCAUAGCAUGUCUUCAGCUGACACAUGUCCAGCACUCACGCGUCGGCGAUGCUGCAAAACCGGUUAUCUCUGGAGGACAACGAAAGCGUGUGAAUAUCGGGAUGGAACUCGCAGCAGCGCCUAUGGCCAUCUUCCUGGACGAGCCAACCAGCGGUCUUGAUGCCACUAGUGCUGCAAGCAUCAUGCGACUACUCAGAGCCAUCAGUAGACUAGGCGUGACGACAAUCGCCAUCAUCCACCAGCCUCGAGAACAGAUCUUCUAUGGUUUCGACCAACUUCUGCUUCUCUCCCAAGGCAGAUCUGUCUACGCCGGUCCCACUGAAGAUGUGCAAGGAUACUUUGAAAAUCUUGGUUUUGCAUUCCCUCAGCGUUCCAAUCCAGCCGACACCUUGAUCGACAUCAUCACGGGAGACGGUGCUCAGUACACCGUGGGCGCCGGUAAACGAGAGAUUGAUGUAUCUCAACUGAUCGAGGCUUGGACCAGCACAGGCCAGUAUCGACUUCAUAAUAAGCAUCUUAGUGCGAACAGCUUUGAUGGGGUUUCAACGCGCCAGAGACAAAGUCUGCGAAAGACUAUGAAGGCGCGAGGAGCAACGUGGCCAGCGCAGGUGUUUUACUGUUGGAAACGAGCCAUGGUACAGCAAGUGCGCAACGCUACUUCGUUCUUUUUCGAAAUUGGCGUAGGAGCACUGGCAGGUGUUGUCAUCGGUCUGUCAGCCUUUGCGUCCAAUGGUCACCUCUUCCAGGGCAUAUACCACGAGCCUUUCAUGCUUCUCAGCAGCGGCGUCGAUUACGCAAGCACACCACAAAUAGGCCUGCUCGGCGCCAUGGCUAUUGGUCUGGCGGCAUCUGCACCAGGGUUCUGGGUGUUUGGAGAGGAAAAGCUCAUGUACUGGCGCGAGACGGCUUCUGGGCAUUCGCGCUCGGCGUACUACAUUGGCAAACUGCUUUCUACAGUGCUGCGAAUCGGCCUCAGCAGCUUCCAUUUUACGGUUUUCCUCGGUGUCCUGGCAACACCUCUCAUCAGCUUUCCGAAGAUGUAUGCGGCCAAUCUGGCCUACUUCUGGUGCAUCUAUGGUCUGGCCAGCAUCAUCAGCAUGUUUGUCAAGCGAGAAAAUGGUCCUUUACUCGCAGUCCUGGCGUCCCUUAUCAUUGGCGUCUUGGGUGGGGUGGCGCCUCCAUUGAGCAAAGUGAAGACGUGGCACAUGGAAUGGUUUUGGCGACUUUCUCCUGGCGUCUGGUUCACUGAGGCGUACUUCAGCGAGAACCUUGAACCGCUAGCUUACUUGUACAGGGUGGACUUUGCUGCGAAAUCUGUUGGAUUUACGCUCCACCAGUAUGCCCUAGAUGUUGGGGUCUUAUUUGCAAUCGGAGCAGCAUAUCGCAUCAUCGCAUACUUUGGCCUGAUCUUGGUCAAGCGGAAGAAGCAGCGGUAG